UAACAGUGCUCUAUAAGCUCAUUCUCACCAUAGCAACCUCAGAUGAACAUAAAACACUUGAUGAACGAUAUCACAGGGGGUGGAAAGACCGGACUUGCGUGUUAUGUCACCCUGAGAAAUCUGUUCUACAGCACACUGGGGACAAGCAAGACAUCAUGGAGUAACUGGCACUCACAGACUAUUCUCCUGCCAUGGCCCACGCAGGCCCAGACGUGUAUUGGAAGUGGUUGGAGCUCCAUGACUCAGUGUCUUUGGGGUCGGUGGAGAGGAAGGUCCGGACGGCUUCAGGAACCAGACAGUGGAGGAUCCACCGUCGACCCAAACCCAAACACUCUCUCCUGGAUGAGCGCAGGCUGCAUUACGCUGCUUGGGACGGAUGUCUGGACCAAGUCAAAGCCAUGCUGGAACAUGGCGUGCCUGCUAACUGCCAGGACCCGUAUGGUUGGACAGCUAUCCACCACGCCUCUUUCAAGGGUCAUCUCAUGCUGAUCAAGUUCCUGUUGCAAACCGGCCAGGUGGAGGUAAACAGUCAGGACUUCUUCAACUGCACUCCCUUGCACCGCUCCUGCAGUGGAGGAAACCCCGAGACCACAGACUUCCUCCUCCAGAAGGGGGCAUCACAUUCAGCACGGUCCUGCUCCGGCCAGACGCCCCUUCACCUGGCAGCAGCCAGCGGACACCUGGGCACGGCUCGGGUUCUGCUCCAGCACUUGGCCUCACCGAACCCCCAGGACUUUCAUAAGUGGACGCCCCUGCACUGGGCAAUUUUUGGAGGCUGGGGGGAUGUGGCAGAACUCCUGCUAGAUAAUGGGGCAGACGUGGAGGGAGGAAAAGGUGUGGGCAUGAGCCCCCUGCAGCUGGCGGUGUUGGUGCGGAACGAGGCGGGGGUGAGGCUACUGCUCCACCGAGGUGCAGAUGCCAAUAUGAGGGGUCCUAACGGCCGCACGGCCAUGCACCUUUGUGCCUGCUCUGGAGACAAGAAGAUCCUCCAGCAGCUGCUAACAGGCGGGGCUAAGGUUGAUGUCAGGGAUGGAGAUGUGGCAUCUCCGCUGCAUCUGGCUGCCCGCAGUGGCUCCAGAGCUGUGGUGCACUUGUUGAUUCUGAACGGAGCAGGACUUGAGGACAGGGACAACCUCAGAAUGACCCCACUGCACUACACAACACUCAGGGACAAUGUUGAGGCUGCCAAACUGUUGCUGCACUAUGGAGCAGAUGUGAAUGCUGUGGAGAGGCUCGGACAGACACCUUUGCACUUGACCUCUGAGAGGGGUCACUGCAAGGUGCUCAAGGUUCUGCUAGACAAAGGUGCUGAUCCCGCUAUAAGGAGCAGCUGGAGAGAGACAGCAGAGGACGUUGCAAGGGCACACAAUCAGCUAGGCGUAGUCCAGCUCCUUCAGCAACACCAGGUGGUCAGGAUGAGAGAAGAAGCUCAGGACAGUGUGGAGAGGGAGAAGAAAUAACAGUGAUUUAAAGGACAAGUCCACUUCCAGAACAACUAUUUACAGAUAAUGUACUCACCCCCUUGUCAUCCAAGAUGUUCAUGUCUUUCUUUCUUCAGUCGUAAAGAAAUUGUGUUUUUUGAGGAAAGUAUUUUAGGAUUUUUCUCCAUAUAAUGGACUGAUAUUGUGCCCCGAUUUUGAAAUUUCUAAAAUGCAGUUUAAAUGCGGCUUCAAACGAUCCCAAAUGCAGUUGUAAAUGAUCCCAGCUGAGGAAGAAGCGUCUUAUCUAGCGAAACGAUCGGUCAUUUUCAUACAAAUAGUACAAUUUAUAUGCUUUUUAAUGUCAAACGCUCGUCUUGUCUUACUCUUCCUGAAGUCUGUUUUUGUUCAGGUUCAUGACAGUUAGUGUAUGUCGAGAAACUCCCAUCUCAUGUUCUCCCUCAACUUCAAAAUCGUCCUGUAUCGCUGUUUUACCUUGUUUGUUAAGGGUGUUUUUGACUGGGUCGGAACUUCUUCAGUGAUGUAGGAUGAUUUUGAAAUGAUUUUUGAAGUUGAGGGAGAAAAUACGAUUGGAGUUUUUUGUCAUACGCUAACUGUCUUGAGCCAGAAUACACCUUUAAGGGCUGUUCACACUGAAGAUUAAAGUUAUAAUGAUAGCUAUAACUAUAAAAUUAUAUUAUUCAUUUUAAUUCCAAGAGGAGUAAUAUCCAUGCAGUUACCUACAAAACGACUAUCUUUCCAGCUGAUGAACAAUUGAAACAUUGACAGCUAAUCAAAAUCAACCUGCCUUUAAAGGGCUCAAGAUGUCUUUAUAGUUGCCAUCUUGUUGUGAACAGGUUAUAUACAACAGUUUGAGUUCACUGAUUUGAUUUGACGAGUUGAAAAUAUUUACCUUUCAGGUCAAAAGUUUACAUACACCUGGCAGAAUCUGUUAUUUAUUUUACCAAAAUAAGAGGAAUCAUACAAAAUGCAUAUUAUUUCUUAUUUAGCACUGGCCUGAAUGAGAUUAAAGAUGUUUACAUAUAGUCCACAAGAGAAAAUAAUAGUUUAAUUUAUAAAAAAAUGACCCUGUUCAAAAGUUUAUUAUUUUCACUCUUAAUACUGUGUUGUUACCUGAGUGAUCCACAGCUGUUUUUUUUUUUUUUUUUGUGAUAGCUGUUCAUGAGUCCCUUGUUUGUCCUGAAGAGUUAAACUGCUGCUGUUCUUCAGAAAAAUCCUUCAGGUCACACAAAUUCUUUAGCAUUUUUGUGUAUUUGAACCCUUUCCAACAAUGACUGUAUGAUUUUAAUAUCCACUUUUUCACACUGAGGACAACUGAGGGACUCAUAUGCAACUAUUAC